AUGAACUUCGUGGGUAGUGGUCAUAAUGGAUCGAGGACUGAGACAGCUAGUCAUUCAAUCUUCGACUUGCGGAGAUACACAGAUCAGGGCAAAUUGCUGCCCUAUAUGGAUGUCUUCCCCCUUCCAUUCUAUUUAGUUCUUCGCGACGUUACUGCGCUACCCCAGUUGCUUGUCGAGGCUCUUCGACAGUGGUUUGAACUCGCUUCGGCGACGGCAGAAGGCUCUGGAAGCUCAUUGAAUGGCGCUUCGUCGUAG